AUGGCACAACAGACUUCUGCGUUGGACAGCGUUGCUGUCCUCGGGGCUGGCAACGAAGCUUCUCGUCUCAUCCUGACCAAAGAUGCAUCCAAGUUCCUGGCAAUCAUUCACCGCAGUUUCGAGCCUACUCGCAAACACCUUCUCAAGUUGAGACAACAACGUCAGAUUGAGACCGACCAAGGCAGACUACCUGACUUUCUGCCCGAAACCAAGCACAUCCGUGAUGACGAUACUUGGAGGGGCGCAACACCCGCACCUGGGUUGGUUGAUCGCAGAGUUGAGAUUACCGGACCCACAGACCGCAAAAUGGUUGUGAAUGCACUCAACUCUGACGUUUGGGCCUACAUGGCAGACUUUGAGGACUCGAAUGCACCGACUUGGGAAAACAUGAUUCAAGGCCAAGCAAAUUUGUACGACGCUAUCCGUCGUCAGGUUGACUUCAAAUUGGGCGAAAAGGAGUACAAACUCAGAACCGACCGCACUCUGCCAACUUUGAUUUGCCGUACCCGCGGCUGGCAUCUGGAUGAAAAGCACUUUACUGUAGACGGAGAGCCCAUGUCGGGAGCACUUUUCGACUUUGGUCUCUACUUCUUUCACAACGCGAAGGAGUUGAUUUCGAGAGGAGCCGGCCCCUACUUUUAUCUGCCCAAGAUGGAGUCUCACCUUGAGGCCAGGUUGUGGAACGACGUUUUCAACAUGGCCCAGGACUACCUCGGAAUUCCUCGGGGUACGAUCCGAGCAACUGUGUUGAUUGAGACUAUUAGCGCCGUGUUCGAGAUGGAUGAGAUCAUUUACGAACUCAGAGACCAUAGCUCUGGUCUCAACUGCGGCAGAUGGGACUACAUUUUCACCUUUGUCAAGCGUUUCCGCAACAGACCAGGCUUUAUCCUUCCUGACCGUUCAGAUGUCACCAUGACCGUUCCCUUCAUGGACGCUUACGUGAAGCUGCUGAUCAGUACAUGCCAUCGUCGUGGCGUUCACGCCAUGGGCGGCAUGGCCGCUCUCAUCCCCAGAAAGGACGACCCUGUUGCCAACGCAAAGGCGAUGGAUAAUGUCCGCGCGGACAAGCUACGCGAGGUCAAGGCCGGACACGACGGUACCUGGGUUGCGCACCCGGCACUGGCAUCCAUUGCGAGCGAGGUUUUCAACGAGCACAUGCCGACGCCCAAUCAGAUUUUUGUCCGAUCCAAGGUUAGCGUCACUCGCGAUGACCUCCUAAACUCCGUUGUUCCCGGCAAGAUCACCGACGAUGGCGUGAAGAAGAACCUACACAUUUGCGUGGCGUACAUGGAGGGAUGGCUCCGCGGUGUUGGUUGCAGCGCUAUUAACUAUUUGAUGGAGGAUGCUGCAACUGCAGAGGUGUCUCGCACGCAGCUGUGGCAAUGGGUCAAACAUGGCGCUAGCACUGCUGAGGGCACCAAGAUCGAUAAGACAUAUGUGUUGAACACUCUUGAUCAACUCACCAAAGAGCUUUCAAGUUCCGCUCCAGCGAACAACAAAUUCGAGCUUGCGGCGAAAUAUCUUCAACCGCAGGUAACAGGCGAGGAUUAUGCUGAUUUCAUCACAACUCUUCUCUAUGAUGAGAUUACUUCUCUGGGUCCGUCAGGGAAGUCGUAA